UUCCUCAGAGCUGUAAGACUUGUGACCAUGUUGAGGACUCCACACACUGGCUUCAGAUUGAACCCUUGACUUCCACUGUCCAGGGAGUGACAAUGUUCAGGCACAGGACACCCAAAGGGAGUUAUGAGUGCACAGUGUCUGGGCUCCGCUGGCUGUGUGAGAGAGAUGUCGUUCUGAAGUAUCACUUCAGGAACUGGGAACCCUACAGUCAACUUCUGCAAGACAUGCAGUACACACAAGGUGGUCCAUUGCUGGACAUCACUAUGGAGUUAGGUGAACUGGAGGAAGUUCAUCUGCCACACUUUGUCUGUUUAGGGACCAACCCUUCCCUGAGGAAUGAGAUGAAGGUUCUUCAUGUUGAGGAACAUGGAGUGUCUUUAGAGGAAGUGCAUGAGGUCACCAGAUUCCAUGCUAAGAUUCUCCAUCCCAAGUUCUCAGUUAUCUCUGUGAUACUGAGAUUACUGUCUUGGAACAUAGAUGUCCACUGUGAUGUGGUCCUCUAUUUGGCAGUAAAAAGGUCAACAGUAAUUUCAAGGCUGUACCUGCUCCUCAGAAACUCCAGUCAGAAAGAGGCUGUUCAGGAACGGGAGAAAAAUCAGGUGUCCCAAGGAUAUUCAGAAUUGGUCCUGUCAAGUCCAAACGGGUCCUUAAAGCUGAACAGUUGGUUUGCACUCAAGAAUCCCCACUCCACUUCCAUCAAUCCAGAGAAGAUUCAGCUGUUACCUGCAGACACCACACCAAGCUGUUGUAAGAUGAUUAUGAGAAACACAGGGGUUGACAUUGAGAUGGAGUUAAUCGGGGAUGAUGAGAGGACAGUAUGGAAAUCAGUGGUAUCAAAAGACGAAUACAGCAAAGACUCUCAUCCAACAUCAUUAACACUCCCUGGGAUUCCUGCUGAGGAGUUUCUGAAGAAACACAGGGCUAAACUCAUUCAGGGAGUAAAAAACCCAAUGCCGAUAGCAGAUGAUCUGCUGUCAAAGGACAUGAUUGGUGAUGAAGAGUACUCCAGAAUAAAAGCUGAAACAACUGAACAGGAGCAAAUGAGAGAACUACUGAAUGCAGUCCUCCCUAAAGGACCAGAAGUGAUGGGAGCUUGUCUCAAAGCUCUCAGUGAACAUGAACACCAUCUUGUUAAGUACUUGAGUGAAUCUAGCACCUAAUCUGAAGAUGUUGAGGACUGUCUCCUAGUCUGUGUACAAAGACACUUCUUCACCUAAUCUGAAGAUGCUGAGGUCUGUCUCCUAGUCUGUGGACAAAGACACUUCUUCACCUAAUCUGAAGAUGCUGAGGCCUGUCUCUUAGUCUAUGGACAAAGACACUUACAUGAUUGUAAGGGAAUACCCCCCUGAAAUGGACAAAAAUGAAUGGGAACAUAUUGGUACUGUUCGAAUCAUAUA